GGCAAGAAUAAUGCCCGGGAAUAAGGUUCUACUUCCGUAUCAAGCUUAAACGCGGGAGUUACCUCUUACUUGCAUCUCGGUCUCUCGCUGCACGGGAAUCUUUUGAACCGAGGGCAGCCGUCGUCGUGCAUCACCACCAGCACUUUUCUACUUUCUCUCUCCCGCCUCCCGCCUUUGUUCUCCUCCGCCAUUGCGAUAUUAGCCUUCAUCCUUUUUAAUUGUCCAAUUGAUCGAUUUUGCACUUGGAACUUCUCCUAGAAUCAGGGGAGCUUCAAGCAGAGACAUCUUCAUCCCCGCAUCGUCAACCCUCCAUCCCAUUGCAUUAGCAAACAUGGCUAUGAACGCCCGGUCUGCCACAAGAGCCCUGCGGGCCAUUCGGCCAUUGGGUGUCAAGCAAUCCGCUCCCGCAUCGUUUGCCGAAGGCCGCCGCAGCUAUGCUACCGCUGAGCAGGAUCUCAAGGAGACAUUGAAGAGGGUUAUCCCUGAGAAGCGGGAGCUGCUCAAGAAGGUGAAGGCCCAUUCCGAUAAGAAGAUCGGUGAGGUCAAGGUCGAAAACACCUUGGGAGGCAUGCGUGGUCUUAAAGCCAUGAUCUGGGAAGGAUCCGUCCUCGAUGCCAAUGAGGGCAUCCGUUUCCAUGGCAAGACCAUCAAGGACUGCCAGCGCGAACUUCCCAAGGGCACCUCAGGGACGGAGAUGCUCCCCGAAGCCAUGUUUUGGCUGCUGUUGACUGGUGAGGUUCCCACGACUUCCCAAGUCCGUAAACUCUCCCGCACUCUGGCCGAGCAAGCCCAGCUUCCCAAGUAUGUCACCGAGAUGCUGGAUGCUUUCCCCAAGGACUUGCACCCGAUGACCCAGUUUGCCUGCGCCGUCUCCGCUCUCAACCACACCUCUGUUUUCGCGAAGGCGUAUGAGAAGGGUUUGAACAAGGCCGACUACUGGGAGCCGACCUUCGAUGACUGCAUCAGCCUCCUUGCCAAGCUGCCAACCAUUGCCGCGAAGAUCUACCAGAACGCCUACCGUGGAGGUGGCGCUCUCCCUGCCGAGGUCGACCUCACCCAGGAUUGGUCCUACAACUUCGCUGCCAUGCUGGGCAAGUCCGGCAAGGAGAACGAGGGCUUCCAGGAUCUUCUCCGUCUCUAUUUGGCGCUCCACGGCGAUCAUGAGGGAGGCAAUGUGUCCGCCCACGCCACGCAUCUCGUCGGUAGCGCACUUAGCGAUGCCUUCCUGAGCUACAGCGCCGGUCUUCAGGGCCUUGCUGGACCACUCCACGGAUUGGCUGCCCAGGAGGUCCUGCGAUGGAUCAUCCAGAUGAAGGACAAGAUUGGCACCAGCUAUACCGACCAGGAGGUGAAGGACUACCUGUGGAGCACGCUCAAGUCUGGACGUGUCGUUCCUGGAUACGGACACGCCGUGCUGCGGAAGCCGGACCCGCGAUUCGAGGCCCUCAUGGACUUUGCCAACGCACGACCUGAGAUCUCGGAGAACCCGGUGUUCCAGCUAGUCAAGAAGAACUCGGAGAUUGCCCCGGGCGUGUUGACGGAGCAUGGAAAGACCAAGAACCCAUACCCCAAUGUCGACUCCUCGUCCGGCGUGCUCUUCCACCACUACGGGUUCACCGAGACUCUGUACUACACGGCAACUUUCGGUGUCAGCCGUGGUCUUGGACCUCUGGCACAGUUGAUCUGGGAUCGUGCUCUUGGCCUCCCUAUCGAGCGACCCAAGAGCAUCAACUUGGCUGGUCUCUUGAAGGAGGUUGAAGGAAAAUAGAUGGACGUGAGCGUAUGGCUCGUAUGAACAUGUAGAAAAGCAGAACUUGUUCCCAUAUCUCUGCGAUUUGGAGUUGGAAUGCAUUCAAGCCAGUUAUAUAGAUCGAUGAAAUCCUCAUUUCACAAUCCAGAAUCAAUUUCAGUCAAACCACUUGGAAC